AUGAGCUCAUCGUCAGAAGGCAUGGAGGACAUCGAAAGGCUGAAGCCGAAGCGAACUGCACAGCGAGGGCGGAACACAAAAAUAAUCAACGAGGUGAGUUCCGCCCUUCAGAAAACUGACGUAACUGUAGAAGAGCUGACCGUUCUGAUGGAACGAUUAACGGCCAGCAACAAGAGGUUAGAGAAGAUAAAUGAGGAGAUAGAUCCACAAAUACCGAGCGCUGAGAUAGAGGAAGAAUAUUCCGUGAUCGCGGAGUACGAAGAUCAAGCUCUCAGCGCACUUGGUCGACUGAAGUGUGCGAUCAACAAGCUAAAUGCCGGACAUAUAGCGACUGCUGCGCAAAAUGUAACUGAAGCAGGUGAAGAAUCCGGUGCAACUCCUAUGGUGACCAGCAAUAUACGUGCCGAUGCUUCCACAGGCACGGGGGGUAUAAAGCUCCAGAAACUGGACCUAUACAAGUUCGAUGGGGACCUGCUUUCCUGGCAACCGUUCUGGGAGCAGUACUGCAGCGCCGUUCACGAUAACCCGAACUUGUCCCCGUCAGAGAAAUUCCACUAUCUCAGAUCUCGGUUGACGGGACAAGCUGCAGCGGCGGUGUCAGGCCUGCAAACUACAGAAGCCUGUUACAACGACGCAGUUGAGAUUCUGAUGAAACAGUUCGGUGAGAAGAAACAAAUAGAGCAGCUGUACCUAUCUAAACUCCGACUGCUGACUCCCGUCAAGUCAUCGAACGAUGUAAGGAGUUUCAGACGCCACUACGACCACGUACAAGGCAAUAUCCGAGGAGUGAAGGCGCUCGGGGUUAGCCCUCUGACAUAUUCCUCUAUGAUGUGCGACGUGCUCCUAAAGGCCUUGCCGGCGAACAUAGUUGUCGGCUAUCACAGAAGUGCGAAGCCAGCAACGCGGACUUCUUCGGCAUCCUCAGAUGGUUCUGAGGCAAGAUCUGACGACUCGGAAGUGGAGCUUACACAAAUCCUGGAUUAUCUCUGCGUUGAAAUAGAGAGCCGUGAGAUGUGUGGUUUCACUGACGAUAGUGCGAGAGAUACGACCCGAAAGGGAACUGGCGCACGCCCUGCACAAAAGACGGAGGCUAGGAUCCCGGCAGCAGCUGUACUUCACACCAGCACUAAGAUGGCAACACAGUGUUUCUUCUGCAAGUCAUCGACGCAUGCUGCGGAAAACUGUCGGUCAUCCUUCACCAUGCAGGAGAAGAGGAAACGGCUGUCGAGCGACAUGCGGUGUUUUAUAUGCACGCUUAGAGGCCACAGGGCAAGGGACUGUCGUCGACGGAUUACUUGUGCAACCUGUAACGGGCGUCAUGCGACGUCCAUGUGUGACCCUUCUCGGAAGUCCACGGCACAGAAAGACGACAGCGUCGAAAGCGUCCAUCUCUAUGCGUCGAAUGAAGGAAAAACCCGCCACACGGACUGUGAUGUGCUCCUCCAGACAUUCCGUGCUUGGGCUGUGACCGACACGGACUGCGCCUAUUUAAGAGGCGUCAGUCUCCAGUCUCUCAGGAGUCUUCAGCCACCACUAAGCUGCGCGUCGUUUUCGAUGCAUCAUCGCACGCCGGCGGUGCACCUUCUCUGA